CCUCUUUGAAGCACGUGACGGGACACGCACAAGCUGUCAAACGCGCUCCCGGGAGGACGAAUAGGUCACACACGCCUGUUGCAUUAGCAUAAAUAAACACGAAAUUAUCAUCUAGCAUUACAGAGAAGUCAUUAGGCAGGGAAGCUACCGAGAGAAUAAACGUCGCUUGAAUUAGUUGAUUAUUCACAUCCACGCUGUUAUUACUCGCGUGGGCGUCCAGGAAGUCAAUUGACUGACUGUGGGGGGGAAAAAAAAAAAAAAAAAAAAAGAGGCGAGUUUCGAGUGUUUUCCGGCAGAGCGGGCAUCACUACCAAGCGGGCGACAAGGUGAGCAGCGGUGAUGGACUUCGUGGCUGGCUGCAUCGGCGGUGCUGCUGGAGUUUUAGUUGGUCACCCAUUCGACACAGUGAAGGUUAGACUGCAGGUCCAGAAUGUGAAUAAGCCGCUUUACCGCGGCACCUUUCACUGUUUCCAAUCCAUCAUACGCCAGGAGUCGAUGUUUGGUUUGUACAAAGGAAUCGGCUCCCCCAUGUUGGGCCUCACCUUCAUCAACGCCAUCGUGUUCGGCGUGCAGGGCAACGCCAUGCGCAUGCUGGGCCGCGACACCCCCACCAACCAGUUCUUGGCGGGCGCGGCGGCGGGCGCCAUCCAGUGCGUCAUCUGCUGCCCGAUGGAGCUGGCCAAGACGCGCAUGCAGAUGCAGGGCACGGGCGAGAAGUCGUCCUCCCGGAAGAUGUACAAAAACUCGGUGGACUGCCUGGUGCGCAUCUACCGCCGCGAGGGCGUGUGGGGCAUCAACAGGGGCAUGGUGACCACCUUCAUCCGCGAGACGCCCGGCUUCGGCUUCUACUUCCUGGCGUACGACGUGCUGACGCGCCAGCUGGGCUGCGAGCCCGAAGACCGCUACAUGAUCCCCAAGCUGCUGUUCGCCGGCGGCAUGGCGGGCAUCGCCUCGUGGCUGUCCACCUACCCGGUGGAUGUGAUCAAGUCGCGGCUGCAGGCGGACGGCGCGGGCGGCGUCCGCCAGUACAGCGGCAUCGCCGACUGCGUGCGGCAGAGCGUGCGCAAGGAGGGCUACGUGGUGUUCACGCGGGGGCUGACCUCCACGCUGCUGCGCGCUUUCCCCGUCAACGCCGCCACCUUCGCCACCGUCACGUUGGUGCUCAUGUACGCGCGCGGGCCCGAGGGGGGCGCCGUCGACUGCGAGGCGGCGCCCCAAACCCAGACCUCCGGCCUGUGAGUGCGCCGGCCCCUUUACCGGUGCGGCACUUAACCACCCGGCGACGGAAAGUCCGAAGCGCUGGCUGCUUUUUGAACUUCCUUGUGGAAGGAAUCCUUUUUACUUGGCAUUUGUGCAAACUGGAUAUGAGCUGGCUGCAUCCAAGAUUUUGACUGCAACGGCUUGUAUCCACAUGAGAAGAAAUGUACUCUUUUACUCCACUCGUUUUGUGUGUAUUUAUACAGUAUAUACACUAUAUAUACAUGCGUAUGUACUGCAUACAGCAGUGAUUUCCAACCUUUAUGGCGCAACGGCACAUAUUUUGCAAUUGGAAAAUCCCACGACAAACAAAAAUGUCACAAAAAGUCGAUACACAGUCAUUACAGUAUGUACUUCCUGCCAUCAAAUAGAAGAGCAUUCAUUUUUUCUGUCUGUACGUAUACAUUAUUUCUUGUAAAUGAAUAAUUUUUUGAGCAGUUAAAAUUCCCACGGCACACUGGUUGGGAAUCACUGGUGUACACUAUAUGUUUGCGUGCGUGUAUCUCUCUCUCUCUCUCAUAUAUAUAUAAUCACUACUCACAAAAAGCUAUGGAUAUUAAGCUUUUGUGUAAAAAAAAAAAAAAAAAAAAAAAAAACUAAUCUUUUGAAUAUCCAACUGUUGAAUAUUUCAGUAUUUUUUUCAGAACUUGCUGUUCUUAACAAGGAGAUGAAAGGCGUAAUUCUUAACAGUUGUUUGAGCCUUGAAUGGCCCAAUACAUUUCCUGGUUCACUUAGAAUCAGGACAAUGUUUCUCUGCAUAAACACAUUAUUAUUAUUUUAUACAUACAUACAUAUAUAUAUAUAUAUAUAUAUAUAUAUACAUAUAUAUAUAUAUAUAUAUAUACAAAAAAAAGAGAGAGAGAGAGAAACUCUAACUUGUAAUAACUAUAUUUGUAUAUUUCUGUGUACUGGACAACUGUUUUCCUUUACAAAAGAUUUUUAGGGCCACACUCAAAAGACAGUAUGUCAUCGGGGGACGGGGAAGCUUACGAUUGUGGAAAAAAAGUGGAAUCUUGUGAGAGUAAUAAUCUUACUUUUGAAAACAAAGUUUUAUAUAUGUAUAUAUAUAUAUAUAUAUAUAUAUAUAUAUAUAUUUUAAAGGCAUAUUUUGUCAAGAAAGUAUUGUUUUUUUUCAAUUCUUGCGGUGUUUUUUGUAAUCUUAGGAGAGUAAAGUAUUGGAAAAAAUGUCUUAAGUCCCACCAGACUAUUUGUAAUGGGGUUUUUUUUCGUCAGACUUCCAGUAUUUUAUAUAUUUUUUUCAUUCAAAACAAAGUGAUAUUUAUGUCAAGAAAGACAGGCUGUAAUAUUAAAACAAAGAAAAAUUCUGUAGAAAGUAACAUUUUUCAAGUUUUAUUUGGUAAUUCAAAUGAAUUUUAAAGAGAAAGUAAGUUGCAUAUUUUCUAUUUUGUUUCCCCUCAAAAAAUGCAACUUAAUUUUCAAGACUACAACUAAUUUUUCUCCACCAAAAUACAACUUUAUUACCAUAAUGUUGCGCUGUUUGUUUCCCUAUUAAAAAAAAAAAAAAAAAAAAGAAUCAACUUUAUUAUUGUAAAUUUACAUAAACGAGUGUGGUAGUAUCAUAGUAUUUUUUCCUUCUUUUGACUGUGGCCCUAAUACCGGUUGGUCUUCCUGCCUUACUGAGGCCAAAGCACCUUGUUGUCUCACAACAACAACAACAACGACGACGACAACAAAAAGCUCGAUGAGUGAGUGAAAUUGCGGUCGCAGCUAUUCGUGUUGACGCAAUCACAAUCUGGAGUUUAUUUUGAUUGACAUGAGGGAACAAAAGCGCUUUUGAAAUGCACAACCGUGCAGCGUCAUUUUAUGACUUUGCAUGAAAACGGAGCGUGAAAGGACCAAAGACUGUAACGUGGCCGCCGUGGGCACUUGAAAAGACGGAUUAAUAAGUAUGUUAUAACCGGAAAGGUUUUAACGUUUAUUUGAGGGUGCUUGUGUGUGUUCAAGUGUUUGACUUAAUCGGUCGAUCUGAUGAAUGUACUGUAUUUGCGCUCCAGCACUGGAUGGUGCCGCGCUAUUCGAUACUGUCGAGGUUUUAAUUGGACCUAUUUAUGUUUUUGGAAAAUGUCGAAAUGAAUCAUGUUUUCUCCUCUGCUGCUCUUUCAAUCCCGAAUGCUGGAUUUGUCGCUGCGAAAAAAGUCAAGCUAUGCAAGCCGCUGAAAACAUCAAAUAAAACAGAAAACUUUUUUUUUUGUAA